AUGCCCAAAUCAGAGAGAGAGGAAACAUUGGCGGCCUUGACUGCGCGAGUAUUCGCGGCUAUGCUGGAAGAGCUGGUAAUGGAUGCGACUUUGCAAACCCAUCACGAAGUCGUUCGCGGAAAAUCUGUGUGUACAACGUUACAUAAUCCUCGUACUACCAACGACAAUUCUCGCCCGUCAGGUUUUGGUCAACGUGCAGACACACCCUCCUCUACAAGUGGAUAUGAUGGAGGGGCCUCUAAAGGUGUGCCGAAUGGCACUGGAGCCAGUACACCUACAAGUCUGAAGGGUGACGGGGCACAGCUCCUUGAAUGUGUUUCAUGCCAAAGACAACUGGCGCCAAACAGAUAUGCACCACACCUUACCACCUGCCUAGGCCUCAGUACAUCACGAAGAGGUGCUGUCCGAGGCAACGCAACGAAGCCUAAACAAUCCUCAGAAGGCGGUCGUUCAGCGUCACCACUGUCCGACGGUGGUUAUAUAUCCGAAGAGAAAGGCACCGCAAACGGAAAGAACAAAGGUAAAGGUAAAGGGAAGAAACAAGCGGACGAAGGGGACUUUACUCUCAAACGGAAAAGGCUUGGGUCACCCACGAUCUCACCCAAUAAAAAACCAAAGAAGGGCAAAGCCUCUGGUUCGCCUGUGUCCAGAGUAAAAGCCGAUCCAGAGUUGUCUGGAUUUCCUAGCAAUUCUCAUUACUCACCCUCUACAACUUCCCAAUCAAAGAUACCUUCUAAGCUGCGCGACUCCUCGACUGCGUCCUUCCUCGAUCGGUCGUCGGCAUCAUCCCGCGAUUCUUCACCGGAUGGUUUCGUAGCUGGUACACCGUCGUCAACGUUUUCCACGCAAAGUCCGACCAGACCUAUUGCCGUGAAUAAAGCCGUCAGAGGUCGUCCACUGGCUAUGGGGACUGGCCCUCCUCGUCGCCCCAUUAGCCCACCUCGCCCACAACCAAUUCAUGUUCCGGAUUAUCAACUUGAAAUUGAUCAUGCUAAUGAAACAGGAUCGUCGACUGAUACUGACAGCGAUUAA